ACAUAAUAACCCCGCUCUCACAAAACCAACUGCAGACGCAAUGCUACUUGGCCGUGCAUCUGGGCCACAGCAGAUGUUCGGAGGCUUAUGAGACAUGCUGCUUGCAUAAUGCGGAAUGUGACACCAUACCCUAUGAGCAGGUAUCACAGGCUGUAAGACGGGCUUUAACAGCAGGUAGGUAUCGAGACCCUUCAUAUCAGAGACUAACUGAGGGAUUGGAAGGUCGAAAUCCUCGACGGAGCGAAGUAGGUCCGACAGAUUACUUAGUGUCUCGCACUCGAUUUGAAUCACAACCCCCACUACCCCAACUUCCUGUAGGUACCGUUUGCGUUUUCACCAACCUUCCUGUUCCGGCCUAGUGACCGCCACUGGGUCGAGCCGCUGUACACUGAACCAUCGCUGCAAGUUCCCCUUCGUUUGGUAAAUGAACUGCACAGGAUCAUGAAAAAACAAUAAUCGUAUGAACCGAGUUGACAGCGAGCACAGAGCCCAGCCAUGCGACUGUCGGGUCCAGACCACUGAUAUCACCCAUAGUAGCGACCGGAAGAUCCCUUCUCGUUCCUCUUAGGGGAAACACCCUCCGAUUAGUCCUCCACCAAUUCCAUUCCUUGAUCCCCAGCUUCCUUCGGAAACCAUAUGUUUCACGUUUACCUAACCCGCACACGACUUCACCAGAUCGACUUGAGACCCCACGGCUGUUCAGUCUAUGGCUUGUCAAACAACCGUUCUCUCUCCUCGUUGUUAGCCUCCCGAGAUCGCCGUCAGUGCGGAGCGGAAUCCUACCUUCCUUCAAUACCUACCUAAUCACUUUGCCGAGCACCUGAUAUCCUAAGAAUUUGGCCCCACUGGCCCCCAUACUUAUCUCAAGACUUCCCAGUCACGGUCUGGGAACUCAUUAUCUCUGACUAUCACCAAGCCUGUUGGAAACAGGUGAUGCAGCGACAACCUAGCGAUUUCCUUCGGGGCCUAGCCCUUCACACUCAACUGGUUGCCUGUCUCCAAUGGCUGUGCGAAUUCCAGGUGUUGGCAUGUAUCCCGCUCGACGACGCUGUUCCUUUCAAGGAUGUGGCCGAUAUCUGUGGCGUGCCAGAGGGUCAGCUCUUCCGAGUCAGCCGCCUGAUGAUCACUUCGGGAUUCCUUCAGGAGCCCCAGCAGGGUCAUGUCGCCCACAGCCCUUUAUCGGCGCAGUUUGUGACCGAGCCGGCACUUCUCGACGCGGUCAUGUUUCUUUCGGGCACCGCUGCCCCGGCCUCGUUGAAGAUGGCAAAUGCCACCAGGCAGUACGGAGCUUCAGACCGCUCCGAUCAGUCUGCCUACACAGUUGCCUUUGAUACCGGCGUUCCUAUAGCCAGUGUCUUUGAGCUACAACCCAGACUCCAGCGCCAGUUUGGCACUUAUCUUGAAUCCGUUACAAACGGCGACCAAGCCGGAACCCGCGAUGUGCUGAUGCGGGUGGACUGGGGCAGCUUGGGAAAUGCCACGGUGGUGGACCGAAACUACGAUAACUCUGACCACCAAUCGCAGGUUGGCGCUCACUCGUCCGCUACAGCGGCUGGCCUGGUGGCUUUGUUUCCGACACUCCAGUUCAUCGUACAAAUGUAUGAAGCUCCUUCAACCACCACACCCUCCUCUUCUGAUUUACCCUGUCUCCCCCACCUCCCUGCCGCCCUCCCACCGGUCCCUGGAAUCGGGUUCUCGGAUCACAAUGCCAAGGUCACCCUUCAGAAACGGUCUCUAGGGACCUCGCAACCGGUACGGAAUGCCGCCAUCUACAUUCUACACCUCCCGUCUCCAACCCCAUCCCUCAAGUGGAGUACUAUCGCCAUCCACGCCACUGCAGAGCUUACCGCACACGUCGAUGUGCUGCGGGCCAAUCCAGGGUCCCGACUCAUUCUGACGGCCCUGGUUCUCCCGCCUCCAGGUACGGUGGACGUUGAAGUUGAGGCGACGGCACGGUUGCGAGAUAUUUCCCUGCUGCAGCUCUCCAACGGCCGCCACGCGGAAAAGGUUGAGGUGGUGGACCUCCUAAACGGUAUCCGCGAUAGCUCAGGAGGGUUUGUGGUCACGGAUGAGAUCCGAUGCCCAAGCAGCCCGUUUGUGGCGCUGGAGAUUCGAUAUCAGUCCUACGAUGAUCUUAGGCGCUGAUUCUCCAGGGGCCAAUCUAUAUUGAUGCAUUAUAUCUUUGAUAGCAUUGUAUAAAAUGGUGAUGGUGAAUCAGAACUCUUCGCAGCAUUAGAGGCAUACUGGAAA